ACGUUCGGUUUUCUAAAUUUUGUUUGUUUCGUCACAAUGGAGGACGCUGUAGAUAAAUAUCGAUCGCCGCUUGUUUCGAGAUAUGCAUCCGCAGAAAUGUCGUUUAAUUUCAGCGACAGAAAGAAAUUUUCGACUUGGCGAAAACUUUGGUUCAUUUUGGCGAAAGCGGAAAUGGAGUUGGGGUUGGGGGUUACAGAAGAACAAGUCGCUGAAAUGGCUGGGUGUUUGGAGCUCAAUGAAGAGGAUUUCAAAGUAGCAGAAGCUGAGGAAAAGAUACGUCGGCAUGAUGUUAUGUCGCAUGUCCAUGCGUUUGGUGUUCGUUGCCCGAAAGCUGCGGCUAUCAUUCAUCUGGGUGCUACGUCAUGUUACGUGGGGGAUAACGCUGAUCUGAUCGUUAUAAGGGACGGUUUGUGUAUGUUGGUGAACAAGUUGGCGAAGUGCUGCCAUCGGUUGAAGGAUUUUGCGCUGAAAUAUUCAGACUUGCCUACAAUGGGUUUCACACAUUUACAGCCGGCACAGUUAACAACUGUGGGCAAACGUGGCUGUUUAUGGUUGCAAGAUUUAUUAAGUGAUUUAAAAAGUUUGGAAAGAUUAAAAUUAGAGCUUCGAUUCCGUGGGAUUAAAGGGGCGACCGGUACGCAAGCAAGUUUCCUCGCGUUGUUCGACGGCGAUCAUGGUAAAGUAGAAAAGUUGGAUCGGUUGGUGACGAAGAUGGCCGGGUUUGAACGCUCGUAUAUUAUAACUGGACAGACAUACCCUCGCAAAGUUGACAACGAGAUUUUAUCGUCACUUGCAAGUUUGGGGGCAUCGAUUCAUAAAAUCUGCACCGAUAUUCGGUUGUUAGCGCAUAUGAAGGAAAUUGAGGAACCUUUCGAGAAAAGUCAGAUCGGCUCAAGCGCGAUGGCUUACAAACGUAACCCAAUGCGCAGCGAACGAUGUUGCUCGCUGGCUCGACACUUGGUGACACUCUCACUCAACCCUCUACAAACCACGUCAACCCAAUGGUUCGAACGAACGCUCGACGACAGCGCAAACCGAAGAAUUUCGAUUCCUGAGGCUUUUUUAACAGCUGAUGUGAUUUUAAAUACUUUCCAAAACAUAACUGAGGGAAUCGUGGUUUACCCUCAAGUUAUAAAGCGACAUAUUCGUCAAGAAUUGCCGUUCAUGGCAACAGAGAACAUAAUGAUGGAGAUGGUGAAGUUGGGCGGGGACCGACAGGAAGUCCACGAGAAAAUCCGAGUUUUAUCUCAACAAGCGUCGUAUGUGGUGAAACAUGAGGGGGAAGAUAACGAUCUUAUGAAGAGGAUAAAAGAGGAUUCCUACUUUGCCCCCAUCCAUGAGAGGUUGGAUGCGAUGGUUGAUCCAAGGUUGUUCAUCGGGAGAUCAUCGGAGCAAGUGGUCGAGUUCGUGAGGGAGGAAGUAGAACCAAAUUUACUCGCUUAUAAAGAUCAUAUUAAUGGAAGCGCUGAUUUAAAUGUUUAGCAGGGAGUGAAGUGCAUUGCUUGGAACAGCCUUAGGCGCCAAACCUGGGGUGGCAGGAUGGGCAGGCCAACCCUGGAAUUUUCUGCACUACUUUAAUCAGUGAACAUUACAACCAAUAAGUUAGAUUUGUUUCACAGGAUUGUGGGUCUAACUAUCCCUGCCUCCCCUGUGUUGUAACAGCUACCAUUGUUUGUCAUCAAUCAAAUAUUUCACUUGUGACAUCAUAACGUAUUGUUUUUCCAGAUAAUUAGUCGUAAACAACAUGGUUAAGUUAACGCAGGAGUUGAUUGAACAAGCGAUCCAAUACACCAACCCUGUGCGACAACGAGAACUUAUUCUUAGAGGAUUCAAGAUACCGGUAAUCGAGAACUUGGGAACGACGUUGGAUCAGUUUGACACAAUUGACUUCUCGGACAACGAUGUUAAGAAACUUGACGGGUUUCCUUUGUUAUUAAGGAUACGAACCUUGCAUUUCAAUAAUAACCGAAUAUGUCGUAUAAGCGAAGACAUCCACACGUCGCUUCCCAACCUCGAGGAAUUAUAUUUGACCAAUUGCGAGUUGCGUGAACUCAGCGAGAUUGAUUGUUUGGCUGGCUGUAAAAAACUUGAAUAUUUAAGUUUGUUACGAAACCCGUUGGUUCAUCGUCAGCAUUAUCGAUUGUACGUUAUAUACAAGUUGCCCACGCUGAGGGUUCUCGAUUUCCAAAGGAUUAAGUUGAAGGAGCGACAGGAAUCCAAGAAAUUAUUUUCAUCCUCAACAGGAAAACAAGUUCUUACAGAAUUGAACAAAAAAAAGAAAACGUUUACCCCAGGAGCCCCCAUACCAACAAACGGGGUCGUGACCUCCGAUACUUCGAAAGCCGACCGUGAAGCAAUCAAGGAAGCGAUAUUGAAAGCUACGUCACUAGAGGAGGUAGAGAAACUUAAGUUGAUGUUGCAAGCCGGACAAAUACCAAACAAACCUUCGGAUGCUAAGAAAUCCUCCACGAACGGGGACCAGGUGGUUGAGAUGGAUGAAUGAACGGAACUCCCCAAUUAACUGUCAAUCAUUGCUGAUAUAUUAUUUCCAUGUUGGCUCCAAUCGAUGUGAAUAUUUUAUUAUGACGUCAGACACGCCACAAUGACAUCACAAUGUCAUGAUUAUGUUGUAACACUUGCUGAAUUAUUUGUCAAAUAUUUCAUUUUUUUUACAUUCUGUUUGGACGCCAAUACACUUUCAAACAUAAGUUUGUGGCUCGACAGCGAGCAUGAGGUCA